AGGUCUUUUAUUGUGGAAACAAUGUAGGCGGAAGUGAACAGCGUGAGGAAGUUGUUGGACAGCAGAAGGGGAAUAAGGCGUGAAAAAAAACCUUGCAUGUUCUCCAUAGAUUCAGGCUGAGUGGCUCAACAAAGCGCUUUAGCUCAGCGUAGGAAGACAGCAGCCUUUCCUGCCAGCCGCCAUCUGACGCUCCAUCCAUCCAUCCUUCAUCCUCCUCCAUCUUCCCAUCCAUCAUCCAUCCUCCGCUCCGACUACGCCACGGGCCCGCGGGGCUGUGCGCAGCGUGGAAACAUCCAGCGAUGCUUCAUCCUCCGCAUCCCGAAUAAACGUCGACUGCUGAAAAUGAGCAGAGAUUCCAGCGGGUUCGGCAUGGGGAGACGUCGACUCCCUCAUCAGCGUCCUCCAUCAUCAUCAUCACCAUCACCAGCCUCAUCAGCUGUUGCCACGGCACCGCCCCUCCUGCCCAUGCUACUCCUCUGGCUCCUCCCCCAGGCCGCCGCUGCCUACGCCUCCUGCCCGGCGAGCUGUCGCUGCUACAGCCUGACGGUGGAGUGCGGCUCCACCGGCCUGCAGAGCGUCCCCAAACACUUGCCCCCACCCACACAGACGGUCUUCCUGCAGGACAACGUGAUCAGUCAGAUCCGCUGUCAGGACCUGGCUCUGCUCAGACACCUGCACUACCUCUACCUGCAGAACAACACCAUUUCCGCUGUGGAGCCCGGCUCUUUCCAGAACCAGGCUAAGCUGUUGGAGCUGGCCCUAAACGGGAACAGGAUCCACUUGGUGACGGCUGACAUGUUCCAGGGACUGGAACACCUGCGCAUUCUUUACCUGGCGGGAAAUGAUAUCACACGGCUGCUAGACUACACCUUCCGUGGCUUGCAGCGCCUCCAGGAGCUCCACCUGCAGCACAACAGCAUUGAGGUUCUGGCCGACCAGGCGCUGGUCGGUCUGACAUCGCUGGCUCUGUUGGACCUUAGCAGGAACCAUCUUCACACCAUCGGGCCGGCCACGCUGCGACCGCUGGUCAGUCUGCAGGUGCUCCGGAUCACAGACAACCCAUGGCGCUGUGACUGCGCCCUCCACUGGUUGAGGAACUGGAUUGACGAAGAGGGCCAGCGGCUGCUCAGUUCAGCCGAGCGUCGAAUGGCGUGCUCCGAGCCGCCCCGUCUGUCCCACCUGAGCCUAGUGGAAGUCCCGCUCAACAGCCUAGUCUGCAUCCCCCCGCUGGUGCAGCUGGAGCCCAGGAGGCUGGCGGUACGUCUGGGUGAGAGCCUACGGGUGUCUUGUCAUGCCUCCGGCUACCCACGACCUCAGGUCACGUGGAGGAAGGCAUCCCAGGGCAAGGUGGCGCCAUCUCCCAGAGGACUGGUGCAGGAGCUGGGAGGUGGAGGCAGAGGCGGAGGCAGAGCCGAGGAGCCUUCAGAGCGAGGCCGAGUGAGUCUGCAGAAGAGUGACAGUGAGCACUUUGACCCCGACACGGGCAGCGGGAUGCUGUUCCUCAGCAACGUCACUGUGGCUCACGCCGGCUUCUACGAGUGCGAGGCGUGGAAUGCAGGGGGCGUGGCCAGGGUCACUUUCCAGCUCGCCAUCAACUCCUCCUCCUCCUCCAUCUGGGCCACCUGGUCACAGGUGUCCCCUCCACACUCGCCAGCCUGGCCCCGCCUGAGGAGCCCAGGCCCCGCCUCGGGCUCUGACGUGAGUCGGGAGCCGCUCUACGCUCUGGGCAGCAUGGCCUUCGGCGCUCUAGGCGCCGCCACGCAGACGGCCAUUGCAGCGGGCAUCUCGCUGCUGGCUCUGACUGCUCUGCUGCUGCUGGCCAUGAUCUACAGCCGCCAUCAGCAAGGAGACAAGGAAGCUGACGGGGCUGACCAGGAGGAGAGCAUCCUGUACGUCAACGACUACUCAGACGGCCCGACCACGUUUGCCCAGCUGGAGGAGUACCGCGACGAGCGAGGCCACGAGAUGUACGUCCUGAAUCGGGCCAAGCCUGUGUUACCCCCUGCCCCGCCCACCGCCGUCUCCACUACCAGCCUGGGCUGCCCCGCACCGUCCGACACCAGCAGUCACACCGCCUCCUCGGGGGCGGGCCAACCAGCGAGCCCCACCCUCAAUAAACAGCUGCAAGUGGACGGGGACAUUCGGACCAUGAGGAGAAUGGCGGGAGAAGGUGGGGAGGCGGAGCCAGUGAUGACAUCGGAGGGAGAGGCGAUGUUUGUGAACCACACGGGCUUGUUUGUGGACUCACAGAUCGCCUACGAGAUCCACUGCUGAGGCUAUAGCACACCUGGUGGUCACAAUCAGAACUGCAAUGGACUGGCCUAAAUCUGACCCAGUGACACUGUGACCUUACAUGCCAAAAUGAUGCCCACAGACUGAGGUGCUAUUAUCAUAACCUCUGGCCAGGAUGAUGUUCUUGUACAGAAGUUAUUGUUUCUCUGGCCUCUCUUGAGUGGCUUGGUCGUUCUUUCACUUUCUUCAUGACUGGAUUCCCUUUUUGUUGUGCACGUCCCCAUCCCCCAGUGUCUUGACUGUACUUUUGAAGUGAAAAUGACCAUGUAAAGACAAUGUCAGUCAACCUUAUGCGCUUGAUUUUGUCUUCUCUCCCACCAUGGCGCAUGUGCGUGAUGAACUAUUUGACAAAAAGAAGCAGGGUCCAGGCAGCUAACAAUGCUAUUGGAAGAGAGGAGUCAAUUUAAAGUCGUUAGCAUGUAGCAGCCCUCAUGUGGUUCGCGUCUUGUUGAUGCCUGGAUGUUAUUUUGUCAUUCCUAGGUGGAGUAGGGGCAUUUUUUAAAGGGAUUUAUUGUCUGUCUUCAACGAUAGCAACAUUUCUUACUCUAAAACAUUAGCAAUCUACAUGAGCCAGCAGUGAAUGUUUGUUUGCAUCCACACUCACUGUGAGGAGGUUACCAAUAAACAAACUACAGAAGACCAUUUGCUUUUUGACUCCAUUUCACAGUCAAAACCACAAGUCCUAACACAUAUAGGCUACCAUUUAAUUGACAGAUUAGCAACUAGGCUAAUCCAGAAUGUGGCUGGACAAAAGACAAAAACGAAGUUAAAUGUCUCACCAGCUGAUGCUCACGACCGCCUCCAAUCGUUAAUCAGGACGAGUCACAGUUUGUCUUCCAGACUCGUGGUCCAAGUCAAAACCUUGACACAUCUGCUCAGCCUGCCACUGUUUGCUUCCACAAGGUCAAAGGCCCUUGAACAUACUGAUAAAUGUUUGGCAUCAAAGCGAGUUCAAUGUCCAAAAUGCUUGCAGUAGCAGGGUUAAAGGUCAUUUAGGUUGUGGUUACUGUUAUUAUAGUUCAGGGAUCGGCAACAUUUACCAUCAAAAGAGCCAUUUUGCCUCCUCUUCCAGUAAAAAAAAAAAGUUGCAAAACAUGACACAGCAUAUAAACUUUUAAAAGUUUUAAUCUUUUUUAAAUUACACCUGUUACAACAGAAGUGCUGAGUUCAUGUGUAGGAAUUUGAAAUAACUAUGCAGGCCUCUGAGGUGUUCCUAUAUUUGUGUAAAAUUAAAACAACUUUGACAUAAAAAAGCCCAUCAGAGUUCACAUAUCUGUAUAUAUCUCCUCAGUAUCGUUUACAUCACUUGACUCCAUCCAUCCAUUUUCUAUGCCACUUAACCUAAUUAGGCCCACGUGGGUAUGCUGGAGCCUAUCCCAGCUUCAGACUUCGGGCAAGAGAUAUGGACAAUUUAGAGUCGCCAAUUAACCUAACAUGCAUGUUUUUGGAAUGUGGGAGGAAACCGGAGUACUCGGAGAAAACAUGAAGAGAACAGCAAACAUGCAAAAUCCACACAGAGAUGCCCAACGGAGAUUUGAACCCAGGUCUUCCCGAUCUCCUGUGUGGCCAAAGUGCUAACCACUCAUCCACCGUGCAGCCCAUCACUUGACUCAUCACAGGCACUUAAAUAUGGUUGUGCUGAAUUAGAG